AUGUGCACUUCUCUGGAGAAAAGUGUCAUUUAUCGCAGGAAUGAUCCAGGAACAACCAGAGAAGAAUGGUGUAAUUGGCCAGCUAUUCCAUUCGAAGAGAUGGAUAAUACACUGAAUGUGCAGCAAUACAUACAGCAGUGUAUUCAUAAGGAUCCAUCAGAUGUAGAUACUAUUCUGAAAUCCCCGCCAGGUCAAGAAGAAGGAGUGUGGAAAUAUGAACAUGUGAGACAGUUUUGCAUGCAACUCAAUGGUUUAACAUUACUGUUGCAGGAUGAAUGUAAGCCAGACGUUUGUGUGCAAAUGACUGCCACAGAACAAUGGAUAUUCCUUUGUGCGGCUCAUAAGAAUCCGAAAGAGUGUUCGGCAAUCGAUUAUACGCGACAUACUUUGGACGGUGCAGCGGCAUUAUUGAAUAGUAACAAAUAUUUUCCCAGUCGCGUUUCAAUUAAAGAGUCAUCGAUCGCCAAAAUUGGUUCGGUUUGCCGCCGAAUUUAUCGGAUUUUCUCACACGCGUACUUUCAUCAUCCUGAAUUGUUCGAAAAAUUCGAGACAGAAACGCAUCUUUGUCGUCGAUUUACAAUAUUCGUAAAGAAGUAUAACUUGAUGGCAAAUGAGCAUUUGAUUGUGCCAAUAUUAGAACAGAAACCGAAUCACUCAUAA